AUGUCAAAGAACCGGCGCUACCAGACCUUGGUCGUCUCCGCUGGGCGGGGCUCACCGCAAACCUACUUCCUCUUGGAUCCUUUCCCACUGCCCUUUUCUUUCCAAUUUCAACUCCAGUGGCCUGGUUCUUUUCUAUCUAUUUCCUUACAUAUAGAGGAAUCGAGGAGAUUCGUAUACGCCCAGAAGCUCGCAAGACCCACGGCGCCUUGCUACAAUAACGAGUGGCUAGUUCGUUUGAUAUCUAGGGGAUACCCGUCUACUUCGCUUCACCAAGCAGACCCCACGUACUUUAAUUGUCCGUCUGCUACUACGAACCCGACCCAUAGGCCCAUACCUUUAUCGACCGAAGCCAUAAGUAGUAGUUUAACGCUUGAUCGAAGCGGCAGUUACCAGGCCCGGCCCAACUAUCCCAGGGCAGAAGGACGCAAAAAGCCCAAUGUUACAGGGGCUUGGGAUGCCUCACCAGGAUGA